AUGAGAAGAAAGAAAAUAGAAUAUUUGGAGUCUUCAUUAGCAGGUUCUUAUAUCCACAGUGCCAAAGAGGAUCUGGGAAACUUGAUACGGUCCUAUAAACCAUUUGGUGAGACUGUCUCUGAAGCCAGAGUUUUGCUGCUGGGACCAGUCGGUUCUGGCAAGUCCAGCUUCAUCAGCUCUGUCCAGUCGGUCUUCUCUGGCCGGGUGGUAAACAGGGCUAUGGUGGGCUCAUCAGCUUUUGCAGGCUUCACAAAAAAGCUCCAGUUCUUCAACAUUCGUGGAGGUGGAGAGGACAACAAGCCAACUGCAUUGGUUAUGUGUGACAUUAUGGGUAUUGGCGAAGGAGAGACAACAGGUCUUACUCUUCAUGAUGUUCUGUCUGUAAUUAAAGGGCAUGUUCCAGAAGGUCACAAGUUCAGCCCUGAUCAGCCUGUGACAUCAGAGACAACUGGAUACGUGAAGAAACCCUCCAAUAAAGAGAAGGUGCACUGUGUGGUUUUUGUGGUGGAUGCCUCUAAGGUCUCCUCCUACUCCAAGGGCUUAAGCACCACGUUUCGCAAGCUGCGACAACACAUCAGCAGCCUCGGUGUACAUCAGGUGGCAGUGGUGACCCAUGUGGAUAAAGUAUGUAAGAGAACCUCUGAGGACAUCACACAGGUGUACAAGAGUCAGUCAGUGCAGAACAUGAUGGCAGCUGCAGGAGAACUGCUUGGCAUGGCCACGUCUUACAUUGUUCCAGUGAAGAACUACUCCUCAGAGCUUGAGUUGGAGGAAAAUACUGACAUUUUGCUGCUGCAUGCUGUUGAUCACAUACUGCAAUACGUCAAUCUUUACGUCCAAGAUACUGCAGAGAAAAACAUUGCUAAGUAA